AUGGCGCCGGUCGCGAAGGCGCCGCCAGCCAGGAUCCCUUCUGCGGCGCCCGUGGCCGGACGGUGCCCAAUCCCCCUUCGCGUCGUGCCCCUGCGCAGCGGGCUGCGCCACGCGGGACAGCCCAGCCGAGAUCUGUGCUUGCGGCGGCGGUUCCACGGGAGCAGAACUGGCUGCGGGGGUGCUGGGCUGGUGGCGGCGGUGAGCUCGGCGGACGUCGCGCUGUCGGCGCCUGACGGCUCCAGGCCAUCAAGUGGUUUUUCCUGGUGGGGAUCGCAGAGACUGCAUUCCCCAUUUUGA